ACAAAGAAAAUUGUCCAAAAUAAUUGUAUCCUUUUCUAUUUAAGUCAUGGAAAGAGGUCAAAGCGCUGAAUUUGCCGAUGAGAUCCUGAAAAACGACGCACAAAAAGAGUUGCUGAAAAUCCGGCAAGGACGUCUUCAGUGUUGUGGAUGGACUGGAGUCGAGGACUGGGGCUCAGACAUCCCUGACUCCUGUCGCUGCACACCUUCAUAUGGACAAUGUAAACCCAGCCCACAGGGAUCCACCAGGCCACCAUACGUCAACUCCAAGUCGUGCGGAGAAAUCAUUGGAGCUGAUGUCGAACAUGUGGCAAAUAUCGUCCUCGGCAUCUUUUUUGGAUUUGCUAUAGCUGCUAUGAUGUGUUUGAUCAUCGCCAUCAAAAUGAUUAUGCAGUUCAGUCGUCAUGACAACGUCGGAGAAACAGAUAUUGAAAUGAGGGAUUAUUAAAGUUAACAUUUUGGAGGGUUUUGAGCCAGAAUGCAAGAAUAUUAUUCUCACUUUUCCUUUGUUUUAGUAAAAACUUUGACAUGAAAAUGCUUUGCAGACCCCACAAUGUAUUUUAUUCUGAUUUAAUUUCAUUUCUAAAUGUUUGCCAGUGUUGGAAAAACUGCUUAGCCUUAAAAUG